AUGGUGGAGUACGGCCAGUUGGUGGUGGGUCCUCCGGGUAGUGGGAAGACGACGUACUGUGAAGGCAUGCGUCAGUUGUUGGAGUCACUCAAGCGUCCCCAUUUGGUUAUAAAUUUGGAUGUUGCUAAUGAUUGGGUGACAAAGAAGGAGUUUCGGAGUCAGGGUGGCCAAAUUGUGGACUUUGCAGAUCCGGACGUGGAUGUACGAGACCUAAUAACAUUAGAACAGGUCAUGAAGGAGCAGAAUCUAGGACCUAAUGGUGGUCUGGUGUAUUGCAACAAAUAUUUAAGUGAAAAUGUUGGCUGGUUGAAAGAUCAAAUCAAGAAAGCGAAAGAGAAGAAAGGAUAUACUCAUGCCUACAUGCUGUUCGAUAUGCCAGGCCAAGUGGAACUAUAUACCGUCGAUCAUUCUAUUCAUGAUAUCAUUCAUGCUCUGGCCGAUAAAGAUUACGGUAUAAGGUUGGUUGCCGUCCAUUUGAUUGAUUCUACCCUGUGUAUUGAUCUGAAUCAUUACAUCUCAGCUCUACUGAUAUCUUUAAGUGCUCAGUUGAGUUUGGAAUUACCCUUUCUAAAUGUGUUUACCAAAAUUGAUUUGUUGGAUGAAGAGAAUGACCUGAAGAACAAACAUAAUGUAAGUCUGGAGUUUCUCUCUCGAGCAGAAGAUUUGGGAUAUAUUCUUCCAUUGGCUCAUCAGGUAUCUCCAGUUCAGCUGUUCGCGGAAUUUCAUCAGAAUGUGAUAGAGCUGGUAGAGGACUACAGUCUCACGGCAUACUUGCCUUUGAAUAUCCAGAACAAAGAAAGCGCCCUAAGCGUCCUCGGCAUGGCCGAUAACGCAAACGGCUUCGCCAUGAGCGCUUAUGUUCCCAGUAGAUUGAG